AACCAUUACUCUUCAAUAUUUUCCCCAUUUCUCUUUCCUUUUCUUCUUCUUCUUCUUUCCCACCCCAUCCUCCUCCUCUUCUCCCCAUGGCGGAGCUGGAGCUGGAGCCGGUUCACCCUCCUCCUCCUCCGCCCGACCCUCCUUUCUUCUCUUCUGGUACCUAUGUUGUCCAAAUCCCUAAAGACCAAAUCUACCGUAUCCCUCCCCCCGAAAAUGCCCUCAUCGUCCAACGUCAUCGUAACCCAUCCGUCGUCACCUCCUCUCGUCGUCGCUCAUGUUGCUUUCGCAUCUUCCUCCCUAUCUUCAUCGUUCUUCUCCUCAUCAUCAUCCUAGCCCUCCUCAUCCCUCCUCUUAUCGCCCUUCCGAAACCCCCUGUCUUUAAGCUUACGAAAUUCAAACUCACCCCGUCCACACGCAAUUUCAAUAUCAACCUUGAUAUUCUUAACCCUAACUCCGCCGGCUCCAUCUCCUUCAAAUCCCCCUCACGUGUCUCCCUCUCCUUCCGAAAAAGCCAACUUGCCACAACUAAAUUCCCUCUCAUUCGUCAAGACCAUGGCUCCAAGAAAAAUGUCGCAUUGUCACUUCGCGCCAAAUCGGCGUUCCCCAAGGAGUUGCAACGGCGGAUGAAAAGUAGCAAGACGAAGCUCCACACUUCCUUGUCGUUAAAGAUGAAUCUUCUUGCCGAAACGAAGGGACGACUGUCGAAUCGUCGGAAUGUCAAAUUUGUUGUCACUUGUAGCUUCACUGUCAACACGUUGGGUAAAACUUCACGAAUAUUGUCGCAAGAUUGUGAAAGUGAACGCCAAUGACACGAUACGGUACAACAUAUAUGCAUGUCGUCCAAAAAAGAGGAAGAAAAAUUUGUUGGUAUUUUGGCUUCAAUUUCCAUAUCUCUCGUAAGCGACGAUCCACAUCAUAUCUCUCAUUCCUUUGGUUUCGAUGUAAGGACAGUUUUUAUCCUUUUUCUUAUUUUUUUAAUUUUUUUACCCGAAUUUCUCUCUGUUAAAUCAAUGAUUUUUAGGGUUUGUGUUUUUGUAUUUUGUUUGUAUGAUUCUUCUU